ACAUGCUGUGGGUUCGUAUGUUUGUUGUGUUUUGGUUUCUUUGCAUGAGCAAACAUCCUUCUAAUAACGAACAGACCAAUAAUGUCUUAAGAGAGAAAAAUAACAGUCUUUUCCUUUUUGCUGUUUCUUGAGAGAACUGCUUGGAUUUGGCUGUCCAGAAUAUGAAAGCUGGCGUGUUCCUUUUGUGGUGGGGAUGGGUUUGUGCCACUGCAAGCGGAGUGCGCUGGCGAGGAGGAGAAGGCCAGGAGAUGUCUAAGAAAGGCAGCCCAGUUCUGAAACGAAGCCCUGACAUCACCAAAUCGCCACUGACAAAGUCAGAGCAGCUUCUGCGGAUCGAUGACCAUGACUUCAGCAUGAGGCCCGGCUUCGGAGGUCCGGCCAUUCCUGUUGGCGUGGAUGUGCAGGUGGAAAGCUUGGACAGCAUCUCAGAAGUCGAUAUGGACUUCACCAUGACCCUCUACCUGAGGCACUAUUGGAAGGACGGGAGGCUGUCCUUCCCCAGCACCAACAACCUCAGCAUGACGUUUGACGGGCGGCUGGUGAAGAAGAUCUGGGUCCCUGACAUGUUCUUUGUGCACUCCAAGCGCUCCUUCAUCCACGACACCACCACGGACAACGUCAUGCUGCGGGUCCAGCCGGACGGGAAAGUGCUCUACAGCCUCAGGGUUACAGUGACCGCCAUGUGCAAUAUGGACUUCAGCCGAUUUCCCCUGGACACACAAACCUGCUCGCUUGAAAUUGAAAGCUAUGCUUAUACAGAAGAUGACCUGAUGCUGUACUGGAAAAAAGGCAAUGACUCAUUAAAGACAGAUGAGCGGAUCUCACUCUCCCAGUUCCUCAUUCAAGAAUUCCACACCACCGCUAAGCUGGCCUUCUACAGCAGCACAGGCUGGUACAACCGUCUGUACAUCAACUUCACGUUGCGUCGCCACAUCUUCUUCUUCUUGCUCCAAACUUAUUUCCCUGCCACCCUGAUGGUCAUGCUGUCCUGGGUGUCCUUCUGGAUUGACCGCAGAGCUGUGCCUGCCAGAGUCCCCUUAGGUAUCACCACGGUGCUGACCAUGUCCACCAUCAUCACGGGCGUGAACGCCUCCAUGCCCCGCGUCUCCUACAUCAAGGCCGUGGACAUCUACCUCUGGGUCAGCUUUGUGUUCGUGUUCCUCUCGGUGCUGGAGUACGCGGCCGUCAACUACCUGACCACCGUGCAGGAGCGGAAGGAGCGGAAGCUGCGGGAGAAGCUUCCCUGCACCUGUGGACCACCUCAGCCGCGUGCUGUCAUGCUGGAUAGCGGCUAUAGCGACGUGGAGGUGAAUGACCUCGGCAACUACACGCCAGAGAAUGGCGAGAAGCCAGACAGGAUGAUGGUGCAGCUCACCCUGGCCUCCGAGAGGAGCUCCCUGCAGAGGAAAAGUCGGAGGAACAGCUACGUGAGCAUGAGGAUCGACACCCACGCCAUUGAUAAAUACUCCAGGAUCAUUUUUCCAGCAGCGUACAUUUUAUUCAAUUUAAUAUACUGGUCAAUUUUCUCAUAGAUGCCUGUAAUUCUGUAAAUUUCAUGCUUUUGUGUGUGCUACAGAAAUAUCUGUAUGAUGAAAAGUAAGGU